GCGGUGCCCUGGCCGCUAGCUGUGGGUUGGGUAGGGAUGCUCCUCCGGCUCUUGGGGGAGUGGGUAGGGCGAUGGUCCGCGGUCCUCCUGCGUCCGUCCUAGAUUCCCGCUUUGGACUUGGUGACCGAAUUGGAAGGCGCGGCGUGGAUUACUGCCACAGCACUCUGUUCCGGGAAGAUGCCGCUGACCUUUCGGGAAGAUGUGUCGGAGCAGCCCCGGGGUGGAAUAUUUGCAGGGGUGAAGCAGGUUAUGAUAUCGCGAGUCUUGACAUGUUGAAGUCGUACAGGGGCUGUUACCUAUAUGCGUUUCAAGUAUGGACUGUAUGCCCCCUGACACCUAACAUUGGGUCGUGAAUCAGGGUUCCGUGAGCACAGAAAAAGCAGAGCCCCUCCGGGUCACCGGGGAGUAGAAGCAGUCCGGUUUUUCGAGACCAUCGUCUUCUGGAGCUGGCAGUUCCAAAAGGGAGCUGAGGCUCUGGCUGCUUCACUGUCAGAGGCUGGAGAACAUGAGGAGGCGGCCUGGGACCUCAAAGCUCCAGCCCUGCUCUGAGAGGGAAAGCACGUGAUGGCAGCCAUGCCCUUGACCGCCCGGCCCCAGGUGAGCUGUGGCUCCUUCAGCUCUUCCUCCGAACAGUUUCAAACUGAAGCAAACCGAGAAGGGAAGCUGAAGUCGGUGACCUUCGAGGACGUGGCUGUGUACUUCACCCAGACGGAAUGGGAUGGCCUGUCCCCUGCACAGAGGGCCCUGUACAGGGAUGUGAUGCUGGAGAAUUAUGGGAAUGUGGCCUCCCUGGGAUUUUCGAUUCUCAAACCUGCUGUGAUCUCACAACUGGAGGGAGCAGGUGAGCUGGGGCGCCCAUCUCCACUGCUGGCUGGAACAGAAAUAGGCCCCCAGGGCCUCUGGACUGUAGAUAUUGAUAUCCAGACUGACAAUAAUUUGACAAAGGAAGUGUUUGAAGAAAAACACAAUACAUCAUUUGAACUUCAGAGGCACUUUUCCCAGGGGAUGGACUUUUCAGAAGCCUGUAUUCUAAAGAAAGAGCAGGAAGUCCAUUUAGUAGGAAGCAUGAAGAAAGAAAAUAACGUCAUAGAUGGAACAGCGAAAGACAACACAAGCCCUGUGGAGGAGUGUUUGUUUAGUCAGAGUCCAAACUUGGGUCAGUGUCACGUCGUCAGCCCUGGAGAGCAGCCUCCUGAAUGUAUAGGAUUGGAGAGAGCCUUCAGCUUUGACACAAAACUUAUUCAGCAUGAAAUAAUAAAUUCUGGGGAAAGACCUUUUAAAUGUGAAGAAUUAGUGGAAACCUUCAGGUGUAACUCUGAGCAUCAAGAUGGCCACACUGGGGAGAAGCCCUAUCGGUGUAAAGAGUGUGGCAAAGCCUUUAGCAUUAAUGCAAAAUUAAUUUGGCAUCAGAGACUUCAUAGUGGGGAGAAACCCUUCAAAUGUGUGGAGUGUGGGAAAAGCUUCAGUUAUAGUUCCCAUUAUAUCACACAUCAGACAAUCCACAGCGGGGAGAAGCCCUAUCAGUGCAAGGUAUGUGGGAAAGCCUUCAGCGUGAAUGGGAGUCUAAGUCGGCAUCAGAGAAUCCAUACAGGAGAGAAGCCCUAUCAGUGCAAAGAGUGUGGGAGUGGCUUCACCUGUAGCUCUGCAUACAUCACGCACCAGAGGGUCCACACUGGAGAGAAGCCCUAUGAGUGCAAAGACUGUGGGAAAGCUUUCAACGUGAAUGCAAAAUUAAUUCAACAUCAGAGGAUCCACACUGGAGAGAAACCUUACGAGUGUAAUGAGUGUGGGAAAGGCUUCAGGUGCAGCUCCCAGCUGCGGCAGCAUCAGAGCGUCCACACUGGGGAGAAGCCCUAUCAGUGUAAGGAGUGUGCAAAAGCCUUCAGUAAUAAUGCAAAACUCAUUCAGCAUCAAAGAAUCCACACAGGCGAGAAGCCCUAUGAGUGUACUGAAUGUGGAAAAGCCUUUAGUGUCAAAGGGAAGUUAAUCCAGCACCAGAGAAUUCACACAGGUGAGAAACCCUAUGGGUGUAACGAAUGUGGGAAAGCCUUCAGGUGUAACUCCCAGCUGCGGCAGCAUCUGAGAAUCCACACCGGGGAAAAGCCCUAUGAGUGCAGUGAGUGUGGAAAGGCCUUCAGCGUUAAUGCAAAACUAAUGCAGCAUCAGAGGAUUCAUACUGGGGAGAAACCCUUUGAGUGUAACGAGUGUGGGAAAUGCUUUACUUCUAAAAGAAACCUGCUCGAUCAUCACCGAAUCCAUACUGGAGAAAAGCCUUAUCAGUGUAAGGAAUGUGGGAAAGCCUUCAGUAUCAAUGCCAAACUAACGAGGCAUCAGAGAAUACACACUGGGGAGAAACCUUUCAAAUGUAUGGAAUGUGAAAAAGCAUUUAGCUGUAGUUCUGACUAUAUUGUACAUCAGAGGAUCCAUACUGGAGAGAAACCCUUUCAGUGUAAGGAGUGUGGAAAGGCCUUCCACGUUAAUGCCCAUUUAAUUCGGCACCAGAGAAGCCACACUGGGGAGAAACCGUUCAGAUGUGUGGAGUGUGGCAAAGGGUUCAGCUAUAGUUCUGACUGUAUUAUACAUCAGACUGUCCAUACUUGGAAGAAACCCUACGUGUGUAACAUGUGUGGGAAAGCCUUCAGGUUUAGCUUCCAACUUGCUCAGCAUCAGAGUGUCCAUAGUGAAGGAAAAUCCUAAUGAGAAGGAUGUGGAAAACUCUCAAAGCUAAUGAAAUGGAUCAAGUAUCAUCAGAUUCACUGUGGUGGAAAACCUUGAGGGAAAUGAAUAUGGCAUCUUCCCAAGGAAACACAUCUUUCCCCUCUUACUUUUAAAAUCAGGAAUGAUGACUGGCUAAAAAGUAACAACCAAAAAUAUAUAGCUUGUCUUACACCGACAACCAAUUAAAAAAUAUGAAAAGAUCCCAUUCCCAACAUCAUCAAGAAAAGUGGCUCUCCUAGGAAUAAACUUAAGUGUUACACAGGAUUUAUAUGGAGAAAGAAAUCUCCACUGAGGGCCACAAAAGGAAAAAUAAAUGGGGAGAGAGGGAAACCUUGUUCUUGGAUAGGAAGACUCAUGAAGAUCCUCCCUCUACGUAAAUUUACUUCCCUUUCAUUUUGGACACCAAGCAUGUAUCCCUUUUGUAAAGAGGAUAAACAAUAAAGAUUUCCUUAGAAA